GUUUAUGCUCAAAGUGGACAAUAUCAUACUAUUGUGGAGAGUCGUGUUCAUCUAACAUGGUAUCAGAGCCAUACCCUAAUUAGAACUGUGGUAUCUUAAUCAUGCACUAAUGAAUACUUCUUUAAUCACUAUUUUGUUUCUUAAUUGAACUUAUUUUUUCUCUCCAUAGAUCAACAGACUCUCAAUCCCAGAAAAAGUGAGGUAAUCAAGCAAGAUGCUGAUAUUGGUGGAAUGAAGUAUCAGUACAUGAUUUUACUUGAGAAUCUAGAUAAAGGAAUCUCUCCAGUAAAACUUGCCAAAUUCUUGCAUGGAGAAACAUUGAUAUUGCCUCGUGUAUACAUUUUCCCGAGCUUAACAUAUGAGUUGUAUGCAAGGGGCGCUGUUGUAUUGAAUUGCAGAACGAACCUAGAGAAGUUGUGUGAUUUUUUGGAUAAUCCAGAGCAUGUCAUUUUAUCCUCCCAAGGAAGGCCCUUGGUAGUAACUGGACGGGUUGCAAGGCACGAAACUUUCGGGGCAAUGGCGGCUGGAGUCAUGGUGCUAGACUCGGAGAAUAAAUUCGGUAACGAAAAAGACGGUCGUGUGUGUUGCGAGCUGAAGGUUGUGAGAUUAGGAACAAAUGAGUAUUCGACUGCUAAGCAUUUGAAGGAGUUGUUCAUGGAGUUUCUUAGCCAUCAGAGGAGAUUGCACCAAAGAUUAGCCAUGGAGGAGCAAGAUAUUCUGCAGUAUGAACCCUAAAUGAAUCAUAGGUCAGUUGGAUAGGCUUCUUGUUUGAAUUUUGUGUUAGAUUUUGA